AUGAAGAUUACCAAGCGAUCAUUACGGAAACAUCACGCCUAUCAACGACGAAAGAAGAUUUAUUUGUUUCUUGGAGCCUCCACGAUACUGAUUGGCUUGCUUCAUGUGGCCACUGGAUUCCCCUUUCUUUUCUUUGACAAUGACGAUGGGACUGGUAAUGCUGGAUCCGCCAACAACCACAACAACAACAACAAUAACAACAACAGUAAUAGGAAUAGGAAUAGGAAUAGGAAUAGUAGUGGCAAUAACAACAAGAACAAGAAUGAAUCGCCCAUUCAGCGAUUAAUAUCGGCACGCCAACAAUCCAGACAGCUCAAGUUUUACCAACAACAGCAGAUUGAAGAUUGCAAAAACUUUCCAGUUUUGGUUCACAAGCAAAAUCAAGACGAAGAUGACAAAUGGGAGACCAUUGAACAUCCUGUAUCGUCCUACCUGCAUUGGGAUCAGAACAUUUUGCCGGAAGAAGCCGACACGAUUCCACGCAACUUUCUCAAGGUUCCGCAUAUGUAUGCCACCAAAGAAAUGCGAGAAUAUCUUGGAAAUUAUGGAGAACGAUUAAUGACAAAGGACCAAGCCCAAAGCAUCGGAAGUUAUGUCAUGUUGGAUCGCAACACUUGGAAACGAGUUCCGGAAGCCUGUUCGGAGAUUCACACCACUGAGGUGGAGAACACGGACUUGUUGGACGAUGCCGACGAUGACGCAAGUGCUGCUGCUGCUGCUGCUGCUGGUGAAGAAGCAAAAGCAAAAGCAAAAGCCAAUGAUUCUCCGUACAUCAAGGUAGAAACAAUCAAUGUCAUGUUGGCUUCCUUUCGAGAUGGAACCAUGUGCAAAAACACCCUCAAGGGAUUGUUUCGUCGGGCCAAGUUUCCCGAACGGGUUCGAGUCACCAUUGUCGAUCAAGUCUUGCCCAAUCCAGAUGAGGAGGGAUCGGAUGACGAGGAUGAUGGCAAUACUAAUAAUAAUCAGAACAACAACAACAACAACAACAACAAGGGUCACGAGAAAUAUUACGACGAAGAAAGCGAUACACCCUGCAUCACACCCUUUUAUCCCUGUGACGAAGAUCCGACCCAAGUCUUGUGCGAAUACGCCAGUCAAAUUGAUACCCUUCCGUUCAAUGCCUUUGAAAGCAGUGGACCAGUUACCAGUCGACAUUUGGCCUAUCGCAUGUACCGAGGAGAGUACUUUGUCUUGCAAGCGGAUUCCCACGUCGAAUUUACCUUUCAAUGGGACCAAGACAUUAUUGAUCAAUGGAAAUCCGCCAAGAAUGAAAUGGGAAUCAUGUCGGUCUACCCGGAUCAUGCCUUUUUUGUCGACCCCAAGACUGGAUCAAGGACUGCCAGAUGUCGGGCCAUUAUGUGUUCGACCAGCUUUGAAGAUUCACAGGACUUUGGAAUGCAUUUGCGACAUGACCAAGAACCCUGCACGGAACUUGCCUUUAAGGAUCGGCGGCUGCAGCUACAGGCCUAUUGGGGAGCCGGAUUUAGUUUUGCCCGAGGUCACUUUGCCAUCAAUGUCCCAUACGACCAGUACUUGCCGCACAUUUUUCAAGGAGAAGAGAGCAACAUUGGGAUCCGGGCAUUUACCUAUGGUUACGAUACCUAUGCUCCUAGUGGGCCAAUUGUCUAUCAUUAUUACGUUGCCAAGAGUGACGUGGAACGAAAACAAUAUCAUCAAACGAAGAAGGAGAAAGUACCCCUCCGAUUUUGGGAAUUGCCGUCCUAUGAUGUCGAAGUUGCCUUUCAGGCCAUGCAACGGCUCAAUACGAUUAUUGAAUUGCAAACCAAUGAUAAUGGAGGUCAUGUCUUUCCCAAGGAGAUGAAGGAGUAUGGAACUGGACAGGUGCGAUCCGUCGAUCGAUACUAUGAUACAUUUGGAUAUCACCGGGAUACCAAAACGAUGGAACCCAACAUGUGCAUGUUUGUCAUUACACAAGCAAUGAACAAGCAAUUUAUCCCAGCAUUACGACCGGAUACAAUGGGAAUCGAUUACAGCCACGACAACUUGAAAAACUUUGUUUUCAAAGAUAGAUGGCCAUGCCCAAGAUAUUAUUGGAACGAAGGGAUAUGUCCAAACAGUACUGACUACUCGGAAGAAGGAGAGGAAUGGGUAUCAUCAUACGAUGAUGUAUCGGGCGCGGUAGCCGAAGCAUUAAGCGAGGAUUAA